AUUGAAAGCGUCAAAUACUGUAAUUGUCCACUUAUCCUUACAUCCUUCUUUAAACAAUUGGUAUAAUCGUAACUGUUAGGUGUUGUCAAACAGAAACCACUAAUCAUAACCCAUCGUCCGCGUGCAUAAUUAAUCGUGACUUAGCGUAGAUAUUGUAGACCGAUUGUCAACAUAUCCACCCACUCUAUAAACAUAGGGCUUUCGGCAUGACAAUUUUGUAGAAUUAUACACCAAGAACAGGACACUGCGCCUCCCAUCUCCAAUACUUAACACAGGCUUGUCACCUUCAAAACGAGAAUACGUUCUAAUAGAGCCAUUUUAGGUGCAAGUCAGACAGUCAAUCAGUCAGUCCUUGAACCAGUGCCGCCACAGACCCUUAGGGAGCAGGUGUUGGAAAGCGCACGACGAUGGUAAACCUUUUCGCCCGGACGCCGGCCGACAACUUCCGCGUGAUGCCGUACAAUCUGCGCCUGUUCGCGAUGCUCGGCCUGUGGGGCGACCGGCGCAAGCUGUACCGGCUGUACGCGCUGCUGCUGCUUGCGUACGUGGCCAUCAUCUUCCCGAAGCCGGUGCGCAUCACCGACCGGCACCCGUUCGAGUCGAUUGUGCGAAGCGUGUCCGAGCUGAUCUUUGCCGCGCUCUGCUACCUGACAAUCAUCAUCCUGGCCAUCAAGUCGGAACCGUUCCGGGCGGUGAUUCGCAAGCUGGAGCAGGCACUGGAGCUGUUUCGCGACAAGCAGGACCAGUGCAGUCAGCUGAUCAUCGAGGUGAACGCUAACAUUCAUCGGUUUAGCCUCGGCUACGCCAAGCUGAACCUGCUGUACGUACUGCUGUUCAAUGUAAUUCCACCGAUCUACAACUAUCCGCGCUACUUCCUCCAGUGGCGCAUGCCGGAGGACAACCGGACGGUCGAGUUCAUGCUGCCCCUCAUGCAGGAUCUGUACGGGUUGGAUGUACAUCACAACAUCGUGCACUACACCAUCUCUUGGGUGGCCAUCACACCGUUCUGUGUGUUCUGUGCGCUUAUCCUCUGGUUCAAGGGUGCACUGUUUAUGCUGAUCCGCUACAACACACUGCUCUAUCAGCUCGUCAACCGGCUGUUGCAGCAGUACGAUCGUGAGUCGGCCGGGGGACUUUUGGCGCAGAAGCACAGACGGCUGCAGCAAAUUGUCCAGCUGCACUACCGUGCGAUCGAGUGUACCAAGCUGCUGGACAGCAUCCUGAGCCUGAUACUGCUGAUCCAGUGUAUCGGGUGUUUGCUGAUGCUCUGCCUGAUGCUGUUCUACAUCACGCGCAACCACAGCUUGAACGUGAUCAACAUUGCAGUGCUGCUGAUGUCCAUCUUCAUCGAGAUGUUGUGCUUCUCCUACCUGGGAAACCAGCUUACGGAAGAGAAUGCUAACAUCAGCCAUUCCGCCUUCAACUGCCGCUGGUACGACGAGCCGAUCGUGAUACGGAAGUACUUUCUGCGCAUCAUCCUGCAGGCCCACCGCAAGGCGACGAUAACGGCCGGCAAGUUUUACAACGUUAACAUUGUGACGUUCGCGCAACUUAUUAAAACCUCCUAUACCUACUACAUGAUCAUGAAGGAAAUGUUCUAAACCGCAACAUUGUCACGCAAGUGCGACAAGUGCGCGAUCCUCUUUCAGUCAACGCAGCCCUCACAUACGCAACAAAAUACGCUACAGAAUCGACGUGCGUACGUACGCGACAAAAACUGUCAUUAAAUUGUAAUCAAAAAUAAGGACCCGAUUGGCACUUGGGUAGUAAAAAAAAGGCAAUUGUAACUUCGCUGCUUUCUGCUUGUUCGAGAUCUUUUCAAUGUUGUGCGUAUCCAGCAAAGCUUAAACAUUCCGCUAGAUCAUAUAUACAUGAUAAAUGAUGAUAAAUCACUAAAAAAAACGUCUUGCUCACCACCCUUCC